AUGGCGGGGCAGAUCCGCCCCCUGGCGCGGCGCGCCGUGGCCCUGGCCCCCAGCCAUGGCAGGGCAAGGUGCCCUCGGCCACUGGCGCGGCGGCGUGGUGGCCCCGGCGCGGCUGCUCCCCGGCAAGGGCGCGGCUCGAUGGGCCCUCGGCGCACGGCGGCUCCACCGGCGCGAGCGGCUGCUCCCCCGGCGCCACGGCGCUCGGGCGGGGUGGACUCCAACGCCGUCGCGGGCUACAACGUCGAGCGAACUUGA